AUGUCGGACGACGAGAAAACCAAUCAGUUGGCGGAGUAUUCCGGUGCGGUUAAAGUAUUUGCUGCUCCGGCGAGUUCGUCGUACCCACGAUUUGAUCGCGAGAACUUCGGGGUCUGGAAGGCCCUCAUGGAGUGUGGUCUUCGCGCCAACGAGCUAUGGGACGCGGUCGACCCAGGAGGCGACCCGUCCAAGAAGGAGGGAGCCGAGCACCGGAAGGAUCGGCAGGCGGCGUCGGCGAUUUAUUCGGUGAUGCCGAUGGAUGUCCUCCAACACCUGAUCACCAAAGCAACGGCGAAGGAGGUGUGGGAUACGCUGAAACUCAUGUUCGAGGGACACACCCGCGUCAAGCAAGCCAAUCUCCAAACUCUCCUACGGAACUAUGAGACUUUGAACAUGGGCGAUGAUGAGUCCGUGGAUGCGUUCACUUCGCGGUGCGUCGAUCUCGCGACUCUCUCCAUCGACGAUCUUGUCGGACGGUACAAGGCUCACGAUGAGAGGAUGCGGUACAGUCUUGGGGAUGGAAAGAACGACGAGCUUGUGAUGCUCACAAAGGCGCAGUGGGAUGCCCUAGAAAAGCGAGUCGGGUCCACCAGUAGCAGCAAGAAGAAAGGGAAGCAGCGCUCGACGAGAAAGAACUUCGCUGACUCGGACGACGAGGAUGCGCCUGCACCACCGAGGAGGAAAUUUGACAUCAGAAAAGUGAGGUGUCAUAAAUGUGGCCUCCUCGGUCACUUCAAGGCUGACUGCGAGGAAGCACCGAAGCAACGGGCGCUCGUGGCCGAGGAAGGAGAUGAUGGGGAUAUGAUGCUGAUGUGCGAGCUAGUGGACGAGGAGGAUCCAGAUGAUCUUGGUCAGCUGGACACGGGUCCGAGGCUCUCCAGAGAGCAGUUUGCAAGGGCUCAAAUCGCCAGCAACAGGGAAUUUGGCAGUUCCAGAAGCAAGUGUCUUCUACAGUAG